AUGCGUCUCGUAGGCUGGCUUGCAAUCCCGCUUCUCGUACCCCAGGUGCUGGUGGUCCAUGGAGAAGUCCCAAAUUGUCCUUUCUUGGGACCUGUGUUUCCCAAACCCACGGACUUAGCGUCAUCCGACACCAUUAAACAGGCAGUAGAGGAGCUGCAGUCGACCUUCGAGAAGUACGAUACCAAUCCGGCUAACAACCCUAACGGGACAUCAUGGUCCAUUCAAGUCUUCUCAGCAUCUCAAGACCAGCCUGUCUGGGAACAUUAUCAUACGGCACCCAAUGUCAACACGUCGUACGUCAGCGUGGUGAAUGGAGAUACAAUCUAUCGUCUUGGAAGCUUGACAAAGAUAUUCACCAUAUUAACCUUCCUCGUAGAGGUUGGCGAUAAAGACUGGAAUACACCAAUCACGGAGUACGUUCCUGAGCUAGGUCAAAUUAUGAAAGACUCCAAGCAUGACCCUGUAAUGGAUGUAGACUGGAAUGAGAUCACGAUUGGGGCACUGGCAAGUCAGACGGCUGGAAUCGUAAGAGACUACGGAAUCUUGGGGGAAUUGACUCAAGAGCACAAUCAAACCGAGCUUCAGUCGCAGGGUUUUCCUCCAGCGCCGCUAGAGCAGACACCAGUCUGUGGCGAGUACUACCUAUGCACAAGAGAGCAACUUUUCGAAGGUUUGAGCAUUGUGCCACCUUCAUGGAGUCCACACACAACCCCGGGCUACAGUAACCUUGGUUACCAGCUCCUGGCAUACGCACUAGAAGCGAUGACUGGAAAGAACUUCUCGAACAUGCUCAUCAAUGACGUUAUCAGCCCUUUGAGCUUAGACCACACGUUCUAUGCAAAGCCAAAGGACGAUUCACAAGGCAUUGUACCAGACGGGAAUGAACAGGGAUGGGGCUUCUGGCUUGGAGAUGCCAGCCCCACGGGCAAUAUGUACUCAUCUGCGAAUGACCUGGCUACACUCGGACGCGAGAUAUUCCGCUAUACGCUCCUCUCCAAAUCUCAGACCCGGCGCUGGUUCCAGCCUGCAGCUUUGACGUCAGAUUUCCAAGCAAGCAUCGGAUAUCCGUGGGGCGUGCGGCGGAUACAGCUCGGCUCGGGGACGGACGCCAAUCGUGUCGUGGACUCGUAUGGGAAGGCAGGUAGCAUCAAUCAGUACCAGGCACUGAUGGUUAUGAUACCCGACUACGACGUGGGGAUUGUGGCGCUCCUGGCCGGUCGGUGGCCGGGGAACGCCAACUGGGACAUUGCCGACCAGAUCGGCAACAUCUUGCUGCCCGCACUAGAGACGACGGCACAGCAGCAAGCCGAUGCAGCGUAUGCCGGGACCUACACCAGCGCAGACCCGGAUCUGAACAGCACCAUUGUGCUGAGCACCGACUACUCGCGGCCCGGGCUGGGGAUCGACCGGUGGAUUAGCAACGGGACGGACAUGAUCCCGGUCGCGGUCCGCUACACGCUCAACUACAACGUCACGAGCCCGAUGAUCCGGCUCUAUCCCACGCUGCUGGAGUCCAACAGCAGCGGGGCGAUGCGGAGGGCCUUCAAGGCCGUGGUGGAGAACCUCGACGCGACCGACCAAACGGACAAGAUGUUCAGCACUAGCUGUGGGUCUUGGGUCAGCCAGACCACCGCGGUGUACGCUGACAUGCCGCUGGACCAGUUUGUCUUCGAGUACGGUGAUGAUGGCCGGGUCGUCAGCAUCGAACCCUUGGCUCUGAGAGUUGCUUUGAAGAAGGCAAGCUAG